GCCGCGGAGCUGGCCGCGGGCCCUGUCCGUGGUGCUGCCGCCAGCGCUCGUGGGAUCCCAGCCCAGCCCCUUGCGUGGAUCUCGAGCCACAGGGAAACGCACCUUAAAAUCCGCGUGAGCUCGCUGCCUCUGCCCACCUUCAGCUUCCUUCCCGCUGGCAGAUCCAAGCCAACAGGCGCCAAGCGGCUGGCAGCCCGCGGCAUCCUGUUGCACUGAGUACAAAGUGAAGAGGGGAGAAGGAGCGUUUUCCGAAAGAGCCUCUGCCUGGCUUGAGAAUCCCUCCUCGCUCAGAACAAUGGCUGCACUGCCAAGGCUGGUCCGAGUGUCUUCAGUCGUGUUGGUGGUCUGGGCUGGUUUUUGUUCUGCCGUAUGUGUUGAAGUUCCCUCAGAGACAGAGGCUGUCCAAGGGAAACACAUGAAGCUACUCUGCAUAUCUUGCAUGAAGAGGGAAGAGGUCACAGCCAGCACCGUGGUGGAGUGGUUCUACAGGCCUGAGGGUGGAAAAGAUGAACCUAUCUACGAGUACAGGAAAACGAAUCAUGAAUUUCCAAGCCGCUUCAGUGGUCGGCUACAGUGGAACGGGAGUAAAGACAUGCAGGACGUAUCCAUCACUGUGCUAAAUGUUACCUUGAAUGAUUCGGGUAUCUACACCUGUAAUAUCACCCGGGAGUUUGAGUUUGAGAUUCACCGACCUCUCUUCACAAGCUCCAGAUUGAUCCAUCUCACCGUGGUGGAGGAGGCUGGAGAAGACUUCACUUCAGUCAUCUCUGAAAUUAUGAUGUAUAUUCUUCUGGUCUUCCUCACCUUAUGGCUGCUGAUAGAAAUGAUCUAUUGCUACCGGAAAGUCUCUAAGGCAGAGGAGGCUGCGCAGGAAAACGCGACAGACUACCUUGCGAUUCCAUCGGAGAACAAGGAAAACUGUGCCGUGCCUGUGGAAGAAUAGCAGAGAGGAGACAGUGGAACAAAUGGCAGCCAGGGGCUCUGAAGACAGAAGGACCACAUCAUGCCGGCCAGGUCUGGGGCAACUCUGCGCCGUCGGGAGGAAAUUCGGGGAAGUGUAAAUUCUCUUCCAUUUGCCUUGGACUCUGUACAGCCUCGACUCUGGCUUCAUGACUCCGUUCUGAGCUGUCAGCCCGUUUGUUAAAGGACUCUCCUCUGAAGCAUGCUGAGCAAAGGGCACAGAAGUUUCAGUCCCAUCAUCACACUAACGGCUUUGUAAAUAUUAGUGUCGUUUCUUAGCUGCUGUGACCACCACCACCUGUUUUUGCAAAAUAUGCUAUUUCUCCACUGCAGAGGUAAAGAGUGUGUCAUGUUACUCUGACCUGCAGGACUCGGAGUGAGGUCAUUUUACAGGGAUGCUCCAUUUGUUACAGCCCAAGCAGUCGCUACAGGUGUUAAACAGGAAGAAUUUAAUUACCUAGUUGUUGUUUGGUAAGUUGCUGUGGACUUUAGGCUGCCAGUGCGGAUGUAGAGAGCAGCAUGAGGGCUAUAAUGCAUCAGAAUUGCUCAAAACGCGUAGCAGGAAGGCUAAGUCCCGGUCCCAGACUUGCUUUUGAAGGAGAGAACUGAGGAUCUAAAUCCGUAAUCUGAAGUACUCUUCCUGAUUUGGAAGGCUAUAUGAUGUAAGUAUAAGAAUCCCUUAUAUUCUCCCUUUCAUUUAGCAAAAAUCAAAACGCUUUCUUCCUUCCGUUUGCCUUGUGUAGCACGUUUACUCCUCAAGUACAUAGAGACCCCAGUGAUGGGAAGGACCUGCGCAGUGGCGUUCUGCGACAGCAGGCAAGCGUGGUGGGACAAGGUAUGCAGUUAACCUGUUUCUGGGGAGAACCCUGAAAGGAGGACAGCCUGAUGCAAACAGGCAAGCAAAUUAAAUGGGCUGCAUUGGCUCUCAGACAACUUUGUAGACGAUAGUACUUUUUGUAACUGUGUUAGUAUUUUUGCACCAUAGUGUAGCACCGCCUAGAGGCAUAAAGAGGAAAUCUUAUUCUUUAGUAGUAAUUCUUGUGGUAGUUAGUCUGUGGUUUGAAUAGUCAGUGUUUAUCUGAAACGAACACCGCACAGGAGUUAGGCUGUAAAUUCAGUGUUUCCUGUGCAAACUUGCAUUUUAAAUUUUAGCAGAUAAAGCAAAGUAAAAUUUGGUUUUUGGCCUCUAUAGGUAACAAAUACAGGCGGGGUGAGCUCAACAACUAGUAUUAUGUGGGGGAAAGCGCUGGCCAGGAGUGGAACUGUACCUUAACACAAAAUGGGAGAUGGUUGGGUUUUUUUCAUAUACUACAUUUUGUUACGUCCCUGCUGCAAUGGAGCCCUUCCUGCUUGCAAGACUUGGAAAAUUUUGCUACGCCGAUUGCUUCUACAUGGUUAUAAAAUGCUUGUGAAUGAAGGCAUGCUUCCCACAUACGGAAUUUCCUCUGCUUUGUUCUGCUGCAGUUUAUGUGUUGCUAAAAUCACAGAGAUUACUCCAAUUGGAAGUCAGGCCCCGGCCAGAUUUCCAACUGGCCGUUUUUCAAAAUUCCUUUCUGAAGUGAGCGUCAACUUUAGUAAUGUACCACAAUGCCAGUCUUUGCAGUAGGAUGGCUCUCAAGUCCAGAGCUGAGCCUGGCAAUCUGAGCGCAUUUUCCAGACGCAGUACACUUGUAACCUGGGUACCGGUUCCUUAAAAGCUAAUCUCCAAAAGGAGAAAAAAAAUAGCUCCUCUUGUAAUUCUGCUGGGCGUCUUCACUUUCCCUAGGCCAACUUAGGCUGGGCCUCAGGGCAAUUUUGGGCAUACUCCUAACUCUAGAUCCACAGCAGCAGAGGGGAGAGUUGAUUGUAACUCCAGGGAUUCCAUCGCUGACCACAGCCUUGAUGCCCAGGGAGAUUUUUAGGUAAGGUCCCAUAACCUCUGUCCCACUUUAGCUGCGCUCCCCCCUUAGUCUGGGUGAAGUCCUCAUAACCCUCUCAUGUCAUAACACUAAGCGAGUUAACUGAAAACUUCUCGAGAGCUACCUCAGGAGGUAAAGAAGAGCUGUCCUGCACCUUCCAGUACCGUACACACAUCUUCUCAAGAUGUCUUUUUUGGACGCAGCUUUCAUUUAUCCAGUUCCUGCAGACAGAUGUGACUGCCCCCCUGUGUUCUAGGUAGGGGGAAGCGGCGUGUGUGUUUUGCUCAAGAUUCUCGCAGAAAAAAACUGGCAUCAUUCAAGGGCAGUGCUAAAGGCAGGCUUUGUCCUGGAAGCGAUGGUCCUGGCCGGUACCUGAAAAGACCCUCUCUGUGUGUUUGGAAACGACAGAAGAGACUUUAGAAUAGGCAGGACAAUAAAACCAACAAAGCACUCACGAGUCA